AUGGGCACAGCAUCAGCUGGUGGCGCCAGCGAAAACCGCAGGUGGUUUCUCCUUUCGCUGCGUGCUGGUCCAUUCCGGGUGUUCAACCUCUGUCUACGCCGGCAGCCUCUCAACUGGCAAAGCCAGAUCAAUGUCAGAAAGGAGCAGGAGGGCUUCGACAGCGCUGCAGAUCUGGAGCUGGGUCAGGCUGCAACGAGCCGCACCACGGAGCUGAGCUCAAAGAAGCUCUCUGAGAAGAGCAUAGACUGCGAGCAGCCGGAUGACUCCGCCAGUCUGGAGGCAGCCGGUGGCACGGACAUCGAGCUUCAAAGCGCUUUGCGAGAGCUGGCCGGGGAGACGGACUUGAUGUCACGGCUACAUGGGUCGGCGGAGAUUGUGCUGGGAGAACUGGAUGUCCUGACGAGGAUCUGGGAGAGCCAGGCCAUGUUGAGAAGAGGCAAACCCUCCAUGGCCAGCUUUGAAAGAAACUGCCAGAGGAAAUCCUGCUUUGAGACGCGCUUCCGUGCAAUGCUCGGCUCCUGGACUCUCAGCCAGGAGUCGCGGCAUGAGCUCGAGGAGUUUCUCCAGCAUUCCGACACUGUUGAAUUCCUCAACAACGCGACGAUGGUUGCUUUGGAGGACUUCCUGGCUGGAUUUACCGAGAACCUCGAGCAGGCGCGCAAACGACGUGAACUCGUGCAGCUGCUGCAGCGCCGAGAUGUAAGGACGGAGGAGGCCGAGGCCAACAGAGUCCAGGCUUCCGGGCUCUUGGAGGAUGGAGCCCUCAAGGGCCAUCCUGAAAGCCUCCGUGCCGGAGACGCUGGACUCCCCGCGCUGUGCCCGCACGAUCCCUUCAAAUCUUUCGGAUGUGGCGUAAAUCCGGUCAAGAGUUGA